AUUCUUUGCCUCAUAUAUUUUAGUUCAAGGAAAGCCUUAGCACCAAACAUAGCCCUUCACGUCCCUACUAGCUAGCUACUUCAAGACUUCAGAGAGGAACCAGUGGGCAUAAGAAUGGGUUCUGGAUCAAUGUCACCUCCGGGGGUGAAACUGCAGAUUCAAGAUCACCAUGUGGUGAUCGAUAACGGCAUCCUUCAAGUUACACUAUCGAAGCCUGAGGGCAUGGUCACUGGAAUCAGUUACAAAGGCAUCGAUAAUUUGCUCGAGGUCAAGAACGGUGAAACUAAAAGAGGUUACAUGGUGGUUGUUUGGGAUUCACUUGAUGGACGCAAACAACCUCCGCAAUGGAUUUUCGGAACAAAGUUUGAAGUAAUAAAGGAAACAGAGGAACAAGUGGAGGUGUCCUUCUCAAGAACAUGGGAUUCUUCUCUCAAGGGCAAGCUUGUCCCCCUGAAUGUAGACAAAAGGUUUAUAGUGCUUCGCGGUUCCUCAGGCUUCUACUGGUAUGCCAUUUGCGAACAUUUAGGUUUGCCAGAAUGGCCGGCUUUCGGCCUUAAUGUGGCCAUGAAUGCAUUCGUGCUCCUAAAAGAGAAGUUUCACUACAUGGCAGUGGCAGAUAAUAGGCGAAGGUUUAUGCCGUUGCCAGAUGAUCGGGACCUCAAAAGAUGUCAACCCCUGGCAUACGAAGAAGCUGUCCUCCUUGUCGACCCUAAAGAGCCCGAGUUUAAAGGACAGGUGGAUGACAAGUAUCAGUAUUCAUGCGAUAACAAAGAUCUCCGUGUCCACGGUUGGAUAUCCAUGGCGUCUCCUGACUCUCCUCCCGUGGGCUUCUGGCAAAUUACGCCCAGCGAUGAGUUCCGGACGGGUGGGCCCCUCAAACAAAACCUUUCCUCCCAUGUGGGUCCCACUUGCCUUGCUGUGUUUAUCAGUCCUCACUAUGCUGGGGAAGAUCUCGAGCUGAAAAUUGGACAGGGCGAGGCGUGGAAGAAAGUUUUUGGUCCCGUUUUCGUACAUCUCAAUUCUGUGGAGGGUGGAAAAUCUGGGGAUGAGGCACUUACGCUAUGGGAGGGUGCCAAAAGACAGAUGAUGGCCGAAGUCCAAAGCUGGCCCUAUACUUUUCCAGAAUCCGAUGACUUUCCAUCAUCAGAUCAACGCGGCAAUGUUAGUGGUAGAUUAGUCGUACGAGACAGGUACAUAAGCAAGGAUUAUAUAUCAGCAAACGGUGCCUAUGUCGGGUUGGCCCCUCCUGGGGAUGUUGGAUCAUGGCAGAGAGAAUGCAAGGGCUACCAAUUCUGGACGAGAACAGAUGAGCAUGGCUAUUUUUCCAUCAACCAUAUACGUACCGGUGACUACAAUCUUUACGCAUGGGUUCCUGGAUUUAUUGGAGAUUAUCGAAAAGAUAAUGUUGUCACCAUAACACCAGGCUGUCACAUUCCCUUGGGUAAUCUUGUGUAUGAGCCUCCUAGAGAUGGACCUACGUUGUGGGAAAUUGGCAUUCCCGAUCGCUCUGCUGCAGAAUUUUACGUACCCGAUCCUGAUCCGAAGUAUAUUAACCCGCUUUUUGUCAACCAUCCUGACAGGUUUAGGCAGUACGGAUUGUGGGAGAGAUAUGCAGAGCUAUACCCUAAGGAGGAUUUAGUCUACACCGUCGGCGUUAGUGAUUAUAGAAAAGACUGGUUCUUCGCUCAGGUCACCAGGAGGAAAAACGACAACACAUAUCAAGGGACCACAUGGCAGAUCAAGUUCAAACUCGACAUGGUAGAUCAAACCGGAACCUACAAACUAAGAGUGGCACUAGCAGCUGCAAAUCUCGGCGAAUUGCAGGUCCGCGUUAACGAUCCAAACCCAACACGACCUCUGUUUUCAAGCGGACUAAUCGGAAGGGAUAACGUGGUGGCUAGACAUGGCAUCCACGGACUAUAUUGGCUGUUCAACGUGGAGAUUCCAAAUGCUGCUUUGGUGAAAGGGGAGUACAAUACGAUUUAUCUGACGCAGCCAAGGGGACAAUCAUCUUUGCAGAAUCUCAUGUACGACUACAUUCGCUUGGAAGGUCCCCCGACCAAAGGCCACCAAAUGAGUUACCUUUAGAGAAGUGCUGAAAUGGGACCUAAGAGGCUGUUUGGAUCAGCCCUUAUAUAUAAUAUAGUAGUUUUUUUAGUAUUUGGUAACACUAUAUAUAGUCCAAUAUAG